CGAAACGACGUACUAGAUCUCUUAAACCUUUCUCUUUAUGAGUUUCUCUAUCUCUGUAACACGGAUUUAGCAGUUAUUCGGUAGAAACAAGGCUGCAUUUGAUGGUUUAAUAGCAAGCAAACUGCUCGAGCUAUCAGAAAUGGGAUGGAGAUGUUCGGCAAGUGUUUUGAUUGACUGUUGGAAGCAGGCCAGACGUGAAGGGUUCACAGAAGAGCUUUGAAAGAAAGAGACCAUUAUGAAGUUGAAUGAGAAGAGCGUGGCGUAUUAUGCCACAUGCAACUCUCCUCCAGACAAGACAGGCUUCCUCUUUAAGAAAGGGGAACGGAACACGGCCUACCACCGCCGCUGGUUUAUUCUGAAGGGUAACAUGCUGUUCUACUUCGAGGAGAGGGAAAGCCGAGAGCCGAUUGGCGUCAUCGUCCUGGAAGGCUGUACGGUGGAGCUCUGCGAGUCUGAAUCCGAAGAGUUUGCCUUCGCCGUUAAAUUCGACUGUGUCAAAGCGAGGGUCUACAAGAUGGCCGCGGAGAACCAGCCUGCUAUGGAAUCGUGGGUCAAGGCUCUGUCCCGGGCGAGUUUCGACUACAUGCGGCUGGUCGUGAAGGAGCUGGAGAGGCAGCUGGAGGAGGUACAAGAAGAAGCCAGAUCUUCACAAGCCAAAAACAAGCUGAAGAAGCACCAGCCGCAAGUGCAAGGAGCAACAAGCUCCCAACCCACAACCUUUUCAUUACAGAACGCCGAAAUUACAGGGCCUUCGCAGGAAGGGGUGUCUAGCAGAGAAAACGGGGUGUCUUGGAGUAAACCCACCAGCUUGCCAAACGGUGUCAGCGAGGGCUGCGUCUGGGAAGGGGACUGUUGUGGGAAGGGGGAUGGAGUCAAACCACCCACGGUACCUCCGCGGAGGAAACCCAGCGGUGGGUCACCCGAGAGCCCUGUUUCACCCGGCACAGGCAGCUUCUCCAAACUACACGACUGGUACGGCCAAGAGGUGGCUGAACUGAGAACAGAAUGGCUGCAGAGCCAGUGAAUGACAUCCGCACACACGACAUACUUAGUGCAAUCUCAUCUAAAAAACAAAGAGAGCAUUAGAAUGAUAAUCACUCGUCCACUGUUACUGAUUUGUUGUUUAUUUUGUUAAACAAGACCAAGCCAAUUUUAUAAAGGAACAUCCUGUCAUCAUUUACUCACCCUCAUGUCUUUCCAAAUUCCAGAUGGUUUUUAAAUACAGGAAAGUACAAAAAAUGUUUUCUCAAUCGUAUGCACCUGUGUGACAAAGUAAACAGCAAUAGGAAAUAGAGAGGCAGCAAUAGUGCAAUCUUUUGAAAGCAAGUGCAGUGUUUUUCAUUGUUUUA